AUGCAGCUUCCUAAGUGGUUGUUAUGGGUGUGUCUGUGGUUGCUAUGCAUUACAGAGGCUUUAACAGCAACCUUCAAGCUGGCUCUGAUUGGUCCAUGGUCGUGCGACCCUAUGUUCUCUCGGGCGAUGCCGACAGCAGCGGCCAACCUGGCUUUGACACGAUUGCGGAUUGACAGAGGUCUGAGUAGAGGAUAUUGGUAUGAUGUGAAACUUCUGGAUGAGGACUGCUGCACCUCCAAAGCUCUGACAGAACUUGGCGAGAUGGAGGGUUAUGGCCAUGCCUACAUCGGACCCUUUAACCCUGCCCUCUGUCAUGCUGCCUCUUUGUUGGCUCAGCACUGGGAGGCAGGGCUUGCCUCUCCAGGCUGUCUAGACGCUGACUGGGCGAACCUGCCGCCCAUCACUCCCCCCAGCAGAGUCCUGUUCACUGUGCUCAGGUUCUUCCGCUGGGCGCACGUCGGCAUCAUCUCAGCUCCAUCUAACCUAUGGGAGAGCACUGGACAGGAAGUGGCCUCGGCGCUCCGGGCUAUGGGUCUGCCUAUUGGUCCGGUGGUUACCAUGGAAACAAAGAACACUGGCAGAGCUUGGGAGGCACUGAGAGCAAUCAAAGAAGCCAAUGAGGUCAAAGUGGUGAUCAUGUGUAUGAGUUCUGUCCUGAUUGGUGGAGAGGAUCAGAGAGAGCUCCUGUUGACUGCUCUGGAGAUGGGAAUGGUUUCCGACGGUUACGUGUUCAUACCGUAUGAUGCCCUGCUGUAUGCCAUGCCGCACCAGGACACAGUGUUCCCUCAGCUAGCCAAUAGCACGGAUCUUCGUCACGCCUACAGUGCCGUUAUGACCGUUACCAUGGCGUCUGACCAGAGUUUCUACGAAGCUUUUCGUCAGGCUCAGAUCAACCGAGAGAUCCGGUCUGCUGUCUCCGCGACAGAGGUCUCUCCAGUCUUUGGUACCAUUUUUAACAUGGUGUACUUCGUUGCUAAAGCGGUGGAGGAGCGUCGUCAGGCAGGGGGCAGGCAGUGGGUGACGGGUGACCAGUUUGUCCAAUCAGAUGGAGGCUUUGAUUUCCAGGGCUUCAAUCAGGUGUUGUAUGGAGGUAAAGAUGGCCGUGGCCUGCAAGCCAGGUACGUGGUGUUGGACAGCGAUGGUGACCGACUCGUGCCAACGCACUCGCUUGCUCCGAUGCACACUGAUGGGACUGCUGGAGGUCUGAGUCCACUGAGCCGCUCCUUCAUCUUCCCCGGAGGAAAACCUCCCACGGCCAGCUUUUGUUGGUUCAGUCCAGAGGAGGCCUGCAGUGGGGGUGUAGACACAGUGACGAUUUUCUUUGUCUUCUUGCUGCUCUGCGCUUUGAUUGGAGCAUUUUUCUACUGGAUCAGGUACAGGAAGUACAAAAGAACAGUGAACAUCACCAAACUGAUCCUGACUCUGGAUGACAUCGUCUUCAUCGACACUCAAGUCAGCAGGAAGAAACUGAAUGAUGAGUCAAUCAUGAGGAGUCUUCUGGAAAUUAAAACUCCGUUCCGAUCAGUUGCUCGAAGUUACAUCUUGACAACACCUGAGAGCUCCAACGUAGGAAUACUGGAGGGCGACUGGGUUUGGCUGAGGAAGAUUCCUGUUGGAAAGACGAUGACAGCUGUCAAUCAAAACACCCAGAGUCUGUUCAGCCACUUGCGGGAGAUGCGACAUGAGAACCUGAACCUGUACCUGGGUCUGUUUCUGGACUUGGGGAUCUUUGCUCUGGUGGUUGAACACUGUCCUCGAGGAAGUCUGGCCGACCUGCUGGCUGACAGCAACAUGAGGCUGGACUGGAUGUUCAAGUCCUCCCUGCUCAUGGACCUCAUCAAAGGGAUGAAGUACCUUCAUCUACGAGGUUUGAGUCAUGGUCGACUGAAGUCUACAAACUGUUUAGUUGAUGGACGUUUUGUUCUGAAAAUCACGGACUAUGGCCUUCCCAUGAUCCUUCACUCUCAGAGCCUCAGCCUUCCUGAGGACCCACAAGAGCUGCUUUGGGUGGCUCCGGAGCUUUUGAGGAAUCCGGUCCGAGGAGGCUCAUUUGCUGGAGACGUCUUCAGUUUCUCUAUCAUCAUACAGGAAGUGAUCUCACGAACGCUGCCAUAUUCCAUGAUGGACAUGCCUGCCCAUGAGAUCGUGGAACGUCUAAAGAAGCCCCCUCCUCUCUGCAGACCGGUUGUUUCAGUGGAUGAAGCUCCAGCCGAGUGUCUCAGUCUGAUGAACGACUGUUGGAAUGAAGAUCCUAGCAGGAGGCCAAGCUUUGACGACAUUUUCAAACAGUUUCGGGGCAUUAACAGAGGGAAGAGGGCAAACAUCAUUGACUCCAUGUUGCGGAUGUUGGAGCAGUACAGUUCAAACCUGGAGGAUCUGAUCAGAGAAAGAACAGACGAACUAGAAGUUGAGAGAAACAAGACAGAGAAACUGGUCGGACAGCUUCUGCCUAAGUCUGUGGCCCAGGCUCUGAAGAAAGGAAAGCCAGUUCAACCUGAACAUUACUCAGACUCCACUCUUUACUUCAGUGACAUUGUUGGAUUUACGACCAUCUCAGCUCUCAGUGAUCCAAUCGAGGUGGUCGACCUGCUGAAUGACCUUUACACCAUGUUUGAUGCCAUUAUUGCUACUCAUGAUGUCUACAAGGUCGAAACAAUUGGAGAUGCCUACAUGGUGGCUUCAGGUGUUCCCAACAGAAAUGGGAAUCGACACGCAGCUGAAGUGGCCAACAUGUCUCUGGACAUCCUGCACUCGAUAGGAGCCUUUAAGAUCAAACACAUGCCCGAGAUUAAAGUUAAAAUUCGCAUCGGACUGCACUCAGGUCCAGUGGUAGCAGGUGUGGUUGGUCUCACAAUGCCCAGAUAUUGUCUGUUUGGAGACACAGUGACCACGGCCUCGCACAUGGAAGCCACUGGACUGCCCUACAGGAUCCACAUCAGUCUGAGUACAGUGAAGGUCCUGACCAGUCUGAAACUGGGAUAUCACAUAGACACCAGGAAGGCACAGGUGAAGGGCUCUGAGGACACAUAUUGGCUGAUUGGUCGAGAUGGUUUCACUAAACCUCUUCCUGUUCCUCCAGACCUCACUGGAGGGGCUAGUAACCAUGGUAUCAGUCUGGAUGAGAUUCCAGUUGAGAGACGACAAAAGUUUCUGGACCGACAGAAGAAGAUAAAGAAAUGAUGCUAACACACACACAUGCACAUUAAAAUACACAUACAUGUAUGCACAUUUUUAACUAGUACAAUCUCAUCAAUUAACGCUUAGACCAGAUACACACACAAACACAGUUUAAUAACACAUACACACUACCAUGAGGACUGUGCUUUAAAGGACAUUUUAUAAGCUGGUGACACAUUUUCAGCCAUUUUGUAUCAAACUGAUGGAAUCGAGACAUCCAGAAAAUUUUUAAAUGCUUUGAAAUCUGAAUGGAGUUCUGAACAGACAACUAAUAUCUGUAGGGACAUGGAUUUCUGAGGACCCUUAGCUUUGAUCACUGGUGACUAACAUCCCUUCAGGUUUAUUUUGAACCAGUCAUUUCUUUGCCUCAUCAUGGGUCUGAUACAUUAUACUGCAAAAAAAAAAAAAAUCUAAAGGAGAAUGUAAAUAAAUCCAUUACUGACACUAUCCUAUAGCUGUACGUACACAAUCCACCACAGUGUUAAAGGACAAUUUUCAUGUAUUUAUUUCCCAUAAAUGUGUCCACUGUGGUUCUGUGGGUUGUCCUAAUUUUGUAGAGACUCAGAGAAAUUUCGCAAGAACAGCAUAUAUUGGAGCGAGGUGUGUGAGCCUCCUAAAGCUUUCCACAUAAACCUGCUGUUUGCAUGAAUCAUUUCAAACAUUCGUCUCUGAGUCAAACACAAGGUAUCCUCCUGAUCCUGGUCAGGUCACCUGCAGACCUAUUCACCCUGCAGAGUUUGAGUUUCCUGAGAAGACAGUAUAACCGCAGUGAAAGUCAGCCUUACACGUGGAAACAAACUAUAGGGGCAGAUACGUGUUGUUCUGUCCUCAUUUCUCUGAGUCUCUACAAAGUUAGAAUGACACAAAGAGCCACAGUGUACACAUUUAUGUGAAAUAUGACAAGUAAUUCUUAAAGGCACUGCAUUCUGGGUAAGGCUUCUGACUCCUCCUGUGAUACUGUUAAAGAGUGAACAAAUGAGUGAACAAGCAAGUGAAUGAAUGAAAGGUAAUCUUUUAUCAGGAUCUACAGUCAUCCCUAUCUUUUACCCACUGGAGCUGCAGUGAUCAGUUUUUGAUGAUCAAUAAGCAGUUUUGCUGACAUUGUGGGCUGUGAUGUAAUUUAUUGAUUGAUCAGUUUUGUCAGUCACAUGAUGAAAGUGUGUUUGUCAUUAGUUUGUUUUUUCUUAAGUAAUAAAAUGUCAUAAAUCUGUUCAGUCAUAUAUUUUUAUUACUGAAGAAAAAAGUUUAGGAACAAAAUAAUAAAAUGUAAAAAUACAUGAUAUGAUGAUACAUGAUGUCUAACUGGAUAUCGGCUCAAUGUUAUAUUAAAAUCUAUCAAGGCACGUGUUUUGUUUUAAAGUUAUUAUUGGUCCAAUAAAUAAAGUGUAAAUCAAAGGUCAUGUAAGAAGUUAGGAUCUAUGGGAAGAAUGAUUAAUAAUCUUUUUUGUCUCUGUCACUGUUUGCUGUA